CGCGCCGGCGCAGUGCGUCGAUCACAGGCUGAGUACUGCGGUACGAUCCUCGCUUCCUUAGUAUUUGACCCGGGAGAAGGAAAGAUGGUGCUGGAUCUGGAUUUGUUUCGGGUGGAUAAAGGAGGGGACCCAGCACUUAUCCGAGAGACGCAGGAGAAGCGCUUCAAGGACCCAGGACUAGUGGAUCAGCUGGUGAAGGCAGAUAGUGAGUGGCGACGAUGCAGAUUUCGGGCAGACAACUUGAACAAGCUGAAGAACCUGUGCAGCAAGACAAUCGGAGAGAAAAUGAAGAAAAAGGAGCCAGUUGGAGAUGAUGAGUCCAUUCCAGAGAAUGUCCUAAACCUCGAUGACCUUGCAGCAGAUGCUUUAACUAACCUGAAAGUCUCACAAAUCAAAAAAGUCCGACUCCUUAUCGAUGAAGCCAUUCUGAAGUGUGACGCUGAGCGGAUCAAGCUGGAAGCAGAGAGGUUUGAGAACCUCCGCGAGAUCGGGAACCUUCUGCACCCCUCUGUGCCCAUCAGCAACGAUGAGGAUGCAGACAACAAAGUAGAGAGGAUUUGGGGUGAUUGUACUGUCAGGAAGAAGUACUCUCAUGUGGACCUAGUGGUGAUGGUAGAUGGCUUUGAAGGCGAAAAGGGAGCUGUGGUGGCUGGGAGUCGAGGGUAUUUCCUGAAGGGGGUCCUAGUGUUCCUUGAACAGGCACUCAUCCAAUAUGCCCUUCGUACCUUGGGAAGUCGGGGCUACACUCCCAUCUAUACUCCCUUUUUCAUGAGGAAGGAGGUCAUGCAGGAAGUGGCACAACUCAGUCAGUUUGAUGAAGAACUUUAUAAGGUGAUUGGCAAAGGCAGUGAGAAGUCUGAUGACAACUCUUAUGAUGAGAAAUACCUGAUUGCCACCUCAGAGCAGCCCAUUGCUGCCCUCCACAGGGAUGAGUGGCUGCGUCCAGAGGAUCUGCCCAUCAAGUAUGCUGGCCUGUCCACCUGCUUUCGCCAGGAGGUGGGCUCCCAUGGCCGUGACACCCGAGGCAUCUUUCGAGUCCAUCAAUUUGAGAAGAUUGAACAGUUUGUCUACUCAUCACCACAUGACAACAAGUCCUGGGAGAUGUUUGACGAAAUGAUUACCACUGCAGAGGAGUUCUACCAGUCUUUGGGGAUUCCUUACCACAUUGUGAAUAUUGUCUCAGGAUCUUUGAAUCAUGCUGCCAGUAAGAAGCUCGACCUGGAGGCCUGGUUUCCAGGCUCUGGAGCCUUCCGAGAGUUGGUCUCCUGUUCUAACUGCACAGACUAUCAGGCUCGCCGGCUCCGAAUCCGAUAUGGGCAGACCAAGAAGAUGAUGGACAAGGUGGAGUUUGUUCACAUGCUCAAUGCUACAAUGUGUGCCACUACUCGCACCAUCUGUGCCAUCCUGGAGAACUACCAGACAGAGAAGGGCAUUGCUGUGCCUGAGAAACUGAAGGAGUUCAUGCCACCAGGUCUCCAGGAACUAAUCCCUUUUGUGAAGCCUGCACCCAUUGACCAGGAGCCAUCAAAGAAGCAAAAGAAGCAGCAUGAAGGCAGCAAAAAGAAAUCGGCAGCAGGAGAUGUCGCCCUGGAAGGCCAACUACAGAACAUGGGGGUCACCGAUGCCUGAACAUUCCUUCCGCCCGGUUCUCCAGGCUUUCAUUUCUGUCAUCUGAGAUCUCAGAGCCUACCCAAGGGCAGGGAAGCCCAGCACGCACUCAUUACCCUGCCCCAUCUGACUGCAUAGCUAAGGGGAACAGUGUGGCGUACAGCGCAGGUGUUCCCAUCUGUUCAUGUGGGCAUAGGAUUUAAUCACUGAUGACUGAUGAAGCCAUGUAAUAAAGAUCUCUGGGGAAGGUGCCGUACCCUUCCUCAGUCUUCUUCCUGGGGCUUUAACCC